UUCCACCGCAUUUUAUUAUGUAAUUGAAAAUUGCUUCGUGAGUCUCUCUCACUCACUUUCUUUCGCUUAUAUUUCCUCAGAUCCGUUUCUUUUCCGCUUUCUUCCCCCUCUUCCCCACCCCCCCCUGUGGCUCGGAGGGUUAAAAAGGGUUUCUCGCUGCUCCAGAUCACUUUAGCGAUCAAAGCAUCUAUUUUCCGAUUCUCCACUUCGUUUCUAUUAUCGAAACCCUGGUUUUGAACACUCGGUGGGGGGUUUCAAUCCUCCUUCCAAAUUCUUUGUUCGGUUUCGAAGCUCGAUCUAGGCGCCAUGGCCGCUGCAAGUGCUCCGAUCACCAUGAAGGAGGUCUUAACUUUGCCAAGCAUCGGAAUAAAUUCUCAAUUUAUCACAUUCACCCAUGUUACCAUGGAAUCCGACAAGUACAUUUGUGUUCGGGAAACAGCACCGCAGAACAGUGUUGUUAUCAUUGAUAUGAACAUGCCUAUGCAGCCGCUGAGAAGGCCUAUUACUGCAGAUUCAGCUUUGAUGAAUCCUAAUUCCAGGAUUCUUGCCCUCAAAGCCCAACUUCCAGGAACAACUCAGGAUCACUUACAAAUAUUCAACAUUGAAUUGAAAUCUAAAAUGAAAUCUCAUCAGAUGCCUGAACAGGUUGUUUUUUGGAAGUGGAUUUCCCCAAAGAUGUUGGGGCUUGUCACACAGACAUCUGUAUAUCACUGGUCAAUUGAAGGUGACUCUGAGCCUGUAAAGAUGUUUGAGAGAACAGCUAAUUUGGUGAAUAACCAAAUUAUUAACUAUAAAUGUGAUCCUUCGGAAAAGUGGUUGGUUUUGAUUGGAAUAGCUCCAGGCUCACCUGAGAGGCCACAACUGGUUAAGGGGAAUAUGCAGCUUUUUUCUGUGGAUCAGCAGCGCAGUCAAGCUCUUGAAGCACAUGCUGCAUCAUUUGCCUCAUUCAAAGUUCCUGGGAAUGAGAACCCUUCCACUCUUAUCUGUUUUGCCUCGAAGAGCACCAAUGCUGGCCAAAUUACAUCGAAGUUACAUGUGAUUGAACUUGGUGCCCAACCAGGCAAACCGAGUUUUACGAAGAAACAAGCAGAUCUUUUCUUCCCACCUGAUUUUGCUGAUGAUUUCCCAGUGGCAAUGCAGAUAUCCCACAAGUACAGUUUGAUAUAUGUGAUCACAAAGCUUGGACUUCUGUUCGUAUAUGACCUGGAGAUGGCAACUGCUGUUUACAGAAAUCGUAUAAGCCCUGAUCCUAUCUUUCUGACAACAGAAGCAUCUUCAGUAGGAGGCUUCUAUGCUGUCAAUAGGCGUGGGCAGGUCUUACUUGCUACUGUAAAUGAAGCAACAAUUGUGCCAUUUGUCAGUGGCCAAUUAAACAAUCUGGAGCUUGCUGUCAAUCUUGCUAAAAGAGGAAACCUUCCUGGGGCAGAGAAUCUGGUUGUCCAGCGAUUCCAAGAAUUGUUUGCCCAGACAAAAUAUAAGGAGGCUGCGGAACUUGCUGCAGAAUCUCCACAGGGACUUCUUCGUACUCCUGAUACUGUUGCAAAAUUUCAGAGUGUUCCUGUGCAAGCUGGGCAAACACCUCCCUUGUUACAGUAUUUUGGGACACUAUUGACAAGAGGAAAGCUCAAUGCAUUUGAGUCACUGGAAUUAUCACGCCUUGUUGUAAAUCAGAAUAAAAAGAAUCUUCUGGAGAAUUGGUUGGCCGAGGACAAGCUUGAGUGCAGUGAGGAGCUUGGCGAUCUUGUUAAGACUGUGGAUAAUGAUCUUGCUCUGAAAAUAUAUAUCAAGGCUCGAGCUACCCCAAAAGUUGUCGCAGCUUUUGCUGAACGAAGAGAAUUUGAUAAAAUUCUUAUCUACUCAAAGCAGGUUGGCUACACGCCUGAUUAUCUCUUCCUUCUGCAAACAAUUUUGCGAUCAGAUCCCCAGGGUGCUGUUAAUUUCGCUUUAAUGAUGUCACAAAUGGAGGGAGGUUGUCCAAUUGACUACAACACGAUAACAGAUCUUUUCCUUCAGAGGAACCUGAUCCGUGAGGCAACAGCGUUUCUGUUAGAUGUUCUGAAGCCGAAUUUACCAGAACAUGGUUUUCUUCAAACCAAGGUCCUGGAGAUAAAUCUAGUGACAUUUCCAAAUGUAGCUGAUGCCAUAUUAGCUAAUGGGAUGUUCGGUCACUAUGAUCGUCCUCGAAUUGCACAACUUUGUGAAAAGGCGGGUCUAUUUGUGCGUGCUCUUCAGCACUAUACUGAAUUGCCGGAUAUCAAGCGUGUCAUUGUGAAUACGCAUGCCAUUGAGCCACAGUCCCUUGUAGAGUUCUUUGGAACCCUCUCUAAAGAAUGGGCGCUGGAGUGCAUGAAAGACCUUUUACUUGUGAAUCUGAGAGGGAAUCUGCAGAUAAUUGUUCAGACUGCCAAAGAAUACUGCGAGCAGUUGGGGAUUGAUGCAUGUAUAAAACUCUUUGAGCAAUUCAAGUCUUAUGAAGGAUUAUACUUCUUCUUGGGGUCAUAUUUGAGCUCUAGUGAGGAUCCAGACAUUCACUUCAAGUACAUUGAGGCAGCUGCUAAAACUGGGCAAAUCAAAGAGGUUGAGCGUGUGACGAGGGAAUCGAACUUCUAUGAUGCUGAGAAGACAAAGAACUUUCUAAUGGAAGCAAAGCUUCCUGAUGCACGGCCCCUAAUUAAUGUCUGUGAUCGAUUUGGGUUUGUUCCAGACCUCACGCAUUAUCUGUACUCUAACAACAUGCUGAGAUAUAUUGAAGGCUAUGUUCAAAAGGUCAACCCAGGGAAUGCUCCUCUAGUUGUGGGGCAGCUGCUGGAUGAUGAAUGCCCUGAAGAUUUCAUUAAAGGCCUUAUUUUAUCUGUGCGGUCCCUACUACCUGUGGAGCCACUUGUUGAUGAAUGUGAAAAGAGGAAUCGUCUCCGUUUGCUCACUCAGUUCUUGGAGCAUCUUGUGAGUGAGGGAAGCCAGGAUGUGCAUGUUCACAACGCCCUGGGUAAAAUCAUAAUAGAUAGCAACAAUAAUCCGGAGCAUUUCCUCACCACAAAUCCCUACUAUGAUUCACGUGUGGUGGGUAAAUAUUGUGAGAAACGUGACCCCACCCUAGCUGUUGUUGCUUACCGUAGAGGGCAGUGUGAUGAUGAGCUGAUCAAUGUCACAAACAAGAAUUCAUUGUUCAAACUUCAGGCCAGAUAUGUGGUGGAAAGGAUGGAUGGUGACCUCUGGGAGAAAGUUCUCAGUCCUGAUAACGAGUAUAGAAGGCAGCUAAUCGAUCAAGUGGUAUCUACUGCCUUGCCUGAAAGCAAGAGCCCAGAGCAAGUUUCUGCUGCUGUUAAGGCUUUCAUGACUGCUGAUCUUCCCCACGAAUUAAUUGAGCUUCUUGAGAAGAUUGUGCUCCAAAACUCUGCCUUCAGUGGAAACUUCAAUCUACAAAAUCUGCUGAUCCUUACAGCUAUUAAGGCAGAUCCAUCAAGAGUAAUGGAUUACAUUAACAGGUUAGACAACUUCGAUGGACCUGCUGUAGGAGAGGUGGCUGUGGAAGCACAACUGUAUGAAGAAGCAUUUGCAAUCUUCAAGAAGUUCAACUUGAAUGUCCAGGCUGUAAAUGUCUUGUUGGAUAACAUUCAAAGCAUUGAGCGUGCUGUGGAGUUUGCAUUUCGUGUUGAAGAGGAUGCUGUUUGGAGCCAGGUUGCCAAGGCCCAACUCAGGGAGGGUCUAGUGAGUGAGGCAAUUGAGUCAUUUAUCCGUGCUGAGGAUGCCACUGAGUUCUUAGAUGUCAUUCGAGCAGCAGCGAAUGCUAAUGUGUACCACGAUUUGGUGAGGUACCUUCUGAUGGUUAGGCAGAAGACGAAGGAGCCCAAGGUGGACAGUGAGCUUAUUUAUGCAUAUGCCAAAAUUGAUAGGCUGGGUGACAUCGAGGAAUUCAUUCUCAUGCCAAAUGUUGCUAAUCUCCAAAAUGUCGGGGACCGAUUGUAUGAUGAAGCCCUUUACGAGGCAGCAAAGAUUAUAUUUGCUUUUAUUUCUAACUGGGCCAAGCUGGCUGUCACACUUGUGAAGCUAAGACAGUUCCAAGGUGCAGUUGAUGCAGCUCGAAAAGCAAACAGCUCCAAGACUUGGAAGGAAGUAUGCUUUGCUUGUGUUGAUGCUGAGGAGUUUCGCCUGGCACAGAUAUGUGGGCUCAACAUCAUUAUACAGGUGGAUGAUUUGGAAGAAGUCAGUGAUUACUACCAGAAUAGAGGAUGCUUCAACGAAUUGAUUAAUCUGAUGGAGAGUGGUCUAGGAUUGGAACGUGCACAUAUGGGCAUCUUUACUGAGUUGGGAGUUCUAUAUGCUAGAUACCGUACAGAGAAGCUUAUGGAACACAUUAAACUGUUCUCAACGCGUCUCAACAUUCCAAAGCUUAUACGGGCUUGUGAUGAGCAGCAACACUGGAUGGAACUCACCUAUCUGUAUAUCCAAUAUGAUGAGUUUGACAAUGCUGCGACUACCAUCAUGAACCAUUCUCCUGAAGCCUGGGAUCACAUGCAAUUUAAAGAUGUUUCUGUCAAAGUUGCGAAUGUGGAGCUCUACUAUAAGGCUGUGCAUUUCUACUUGCAGGAGCAUCCUGAUCUUAUUAAUGAUCUUCUCAAUGUACUUGCACUUCGUGUGGACCAUACACGUGUAGUGGACAUAAUGCGGAAGGCAGGUUAUCUUCACCUUAUCAAGCCAUACAUGGUUGCAGUCCAGAGCAACAAUGUUUCUGCUGUGAAUGAGGCUCUAAAUGAGAUAUACGUUCAAGAGGAGGAUUAUGAUAGGUUAAGAGAAUCAAUUGAUAUGCACGACAACUUCGAUCAAAUAGGCCUUGCACAAAAGGUCGAGAAACACGAGCUUCUGGAGAUGAGGCGCAUCGCUGCUUAUAUUUAUAAGAAAGCUGGACGAUGGAAGCAGUCCAUUGCAUUGUCUAAGAAAGACAAUCUUUACAAAGAUGCCAUGGAAACAUGUUCACAAUCUGGUGACCGUGAACUUUCAGAGGAGUUGCUUGUUUAUUUCAUUGAGCAGGGAAAGAAGGAAUGCUUUGCUUCGUGCCUCUUCGUUUGUUAUGAUUUAAUCCGGCCUGAUGUUGCCCUUGAACUUGCAUGGAUGAACAAUAUGAUAGAUUUUGCCUUUCCAUAUCUAUUACAGUUCAUUCGUGAAUACACGAGCAAAGUUGAUGAGCUUGUAAAGGAUAGAAUUGAAGCUCGUAGUGAAGUGAAAGCUAAAGAGCAGGAGGAGAAGGAUAUGGUUGCUCAGCAGAAUAUGUAUGCUCAGUUGCUUCCUCUAGCCUUGCCUGCACCACCCUCAAUGCCAGGUAUGGGAGGAGGCUACGGACCCCCACCACCAAUGGGAGGGAUGGGAAUGCCCCCAAUGCCACCUUUUGGCAUGCCCCCAAUGGGCUCAUACUGACUUUUCUGGGCUAAAAGUAAUUGGGAGCAAGUAACAAAAGAACUACUAGUAGCAGGCUAGCAGCAGGGAGGAAUGGGAAGCUUGUGGCAAUCUCUGAAGAUCUCCAGUUUGCAGAUGGUGGAUGAAUUAUUUGUUCUUUAGGUUUUCGUUGGAGGGGGGGGGGGGGGAGGUAAUGUAAAAGAUCUCAAGUCUUGAAUAAACUUUUUCUUAAAUGUUUAUUAUGGCGUCCUUGGGGUGUGGUUGUAUUCCUUAAUAUUCUUUUGGUAGCAGAGGCAUUUUUUGACUGCCGUUGAGGCUGAGAUUAGCAUUUUGUGUUUUGGACUGAUCAUGUGGCCCUGGAGAAGUUGCCAAUUGUUGUGUUGGAAGUUCAUGUAAGACCAGAGCCGGUCAUCCCUCUUUUGUGGUGGUUGUGGCUGAGGUUGCCACGUGUAUAGGCUCUUUAGACUGUUCAUUUAGUUGCUACUAUUACUAUUAAGUCUUUUACAUGUGUA